ACAACGGGGCUGAGGGGAAGGACCGAGGGGCUGGUGCGGCCCCGGGGGGCUGGCGGGGCUUCCGCGCUUAGGGACGCAGGGAGCUUGAGCAGUGUCAGAGAUGCAGGGUUUGAGUCCAAAUGCCCGCUGGAGUUCCCUUGCAAAGGGAAUGUUUCCGUGGUUCUGGGCUGCAGCUGCUCGGGGGUCGCACCACCGUCAGACGUGCUGGUCACCCCUGGCGUGGGGCCUGGAUGCUGAAUGAACUAGUGGUGGGAGACACCAAUGGAAAACUCUAUGUUUACAAGAAUGAUGACAGCAAACCCUGGGCUGUGCGAUCUUGCCAAGGAAUGCUCACGUGUGUUGGUGUGGGCGAUGUAUGCAAUAAAGGAAAGAAUUUCGUGGUGGCGGUGAGUGCAGAAGGCUGGUUUCAUCUUUUUGACCUGACUUCUCCAAAACACCCAGAUGCUUCAGGCCACUAUGAGUUGGCAGCAGCAGAAGAGCAGAACCCAGUGUUCAAGCAGCACAUUCCUGCCAACACCAAGGUCAUGCUGAUCAAUGACAUUGAUGGAGAUGGGAAGUGUGAGUUGGUGGUGGGUUACACUGACAGGGUGGUGCGUGCCUUCCGCUGGGAGGACUCGUCAGAGAAUUCAGACCACGUCUCUGGGCAGCUGCUCCUGUUGAAGAAAUGGCUGCUAGAAGGUCAGGUGGACAGCCUCUCUGUGAACCUGGGCCCUGAUGGCUCCCCGGAGCUGAUGGUGUCGCAGCCAGGCUGUGGCUAUGCCAUCCUGCUGUGCACCUGGGACACGGAGCACCGGGACACAUCUGCGGGAAGGGACGGCUCUGCUUCAAGCAGUGAGGCCCCUGUUCGAGAUGUUAUUCUACACCAAACAUCUGGACGGAUUCACAACAAGAAUGUCUCCACUCAUCUAAUUGGUAGCAUUGCCCGAGGCGGCUCCAGUGAGAAUAGUGGCUCAGGUCUCUUUGCCCUCUGUACUCUGGAUGGGACAUUGAAACUCAUGGAGGGAGCAGACAAGCUGCUCUGGUCCGUUCAGGUUGAUCACCAGCUGUUUGCUCUGGAAAAGCUGGAUGUUACAGGCAAUGGGCACGAGGAGGUGAUUGCCUGUGCGUGGGAUGGUCAGACAUACAUCAUUGACCACAAUCGGACUGUUGCCAGGUUUCAAGCAGAGGAGAAUGUCAGUGCGUUCUGUGCAGGCCUCUAUGCAUGCAAAGGAGGAAGCAACAGUCCCUGCCUGGUUUAUGUCAGCUUCAGCCAGAAGAUCUACAUCUACUGGGAUGUGCAGCUGGAGAGAAUGGAGUCCACCAACCUGUUGAAAAUCCUGGAGGGUGACCCAGAGUUUGCAAAUCUCCUGCAGCAGCUGGGUGUAGAUAAAAACGAUGUUUCUGCCGUCAGAAAUCUGAUUCACAAAACCCUCUAUUUUCCUGAGAAAUAUCAUCUGAGCAGCCCUUCGGAGUGUCAGGAUCCUGCUGGAACAGAUUCCUCUGCCCACUGCACUGUCAUCCAGGAUCCCUUAUAACAAGUCAUAUGGAGUCCGACUACCAGCACAGGCUCUUCUGCAGCUGGAAUGGGGCAUUUAAUGAAGAUGACUGUUCUUUUGCUAUCUCUGUCAAAAGUUCCAAACAGGAAAGGGUGUACAGGCUGCAGAGGGAUAUUCUUGGCUUGUAGGCUUGAGUGUAGGUGGUGGGUUCAUUUUCUGUUGGCAGAGAGAGCUAACAGAACAGACAGAGUCAAGAGUCUGGCUUGCUGGCCUUCCAUUGCCACCUUCCAUAUUCUUUACUUGCUGAGGUGCUUUAUGGGUCACUCUGAAGAAGCACUGAGGACAUGGAUGGAGAGAACAGCUGAGCUCAGUCUCCAUUCUGGCUCCAGUGAUUACUUGUGAAUUCUCAGCAGGAUUACAGUGCAGGAAUUGCAGAUGGAGGGAUCGAAUAGGGAGCAGGCAAGGGCCUUCUCUCACACUUAAGUGUGUGUUAAAGUACACCUGUGCAUUGAUUGCCUUUGCUUUGCCGCUGCUGUUCUAGCAAGCAGUUUCUCACAAAUCACUUCCUGUCCUGAGAAGCUGGAGACAGGUGUGAGAAGAACCACAACUUGCACUAAUAAGAUGUGGAAAGGUAACAGCUCCAGCAAACUCCAUCUGUACUCGAGAGGCAUUGCUUGUCUCCAUCUUGGGCAGGGUGAUCCCAGAGAAGGCUGUGACUUAACAAAGCAGCUGUGAAGUGGAUAGUAAGAGGAAUCUGACUUAAACCACGGAACUGUGGUGCUGUGAGAGCCUGGCCACAUAAAUAAAUAAAUAUGCCACACUUGCCUCUUGUUGUGGAGAAUGUCAUGCUGUUUUGAGUCCUACACAACUGAAAGAGAUGGACUGGAGGUGAAGUUACACUGGCUGGCUUGAGGAGUCUGGAAAAGAGCGUUGCUCACCGAGGCUGCUCAUUUGCAAAGGCCCAGGCACAAACCUUUACUCCUGCUGCUGAAGUUGUGCUUUUCCCUAUCUUGCUUGCCCCUUGCCUAACUUAGAUUAUUAGGAUAGUGAUGCAUAUGGAUUUUUUUGGUUUUUAGCUUUUUGUAGAUUUUAGAAGUAAUUGUGUAGUAAAUGUAGAUUUUAAUGUAGCUGUACAAUUUGUCACUCUUUAGCACUGUAGUUUACAUUUACCCAACGCUAUUACCCCAUUUCAUAUCAAACUUUCUAAAUUCCUUUAAGUUUGUUUAGACUUCUCUAAAGGCAGGCCUUCAUUCUGUUUAAGACCAUUUGCACUGUGGCUUGAGCAACAAGGUACACCAUAGUCAAAGGAACCUUCAAAUCCUUAACCUUGGAGGAGCUCCAAAAGACUGUACGUGCUGUGAAGAAGAGGAAGAUGAGGAAGAAGGGGUCUCAGAACCCCUCAAUUUCCAGAGGGGCGUGCCAGGAGCAGAACUGGGGAGGAUCUAGGGGACAGAUAGAUCUGGGAUUGGAUGGAUGAUACCAUAAAUAGUGGAACCCCUGGACAUGUGGCACAUCUCUGUACUCCCCAUGGUUGAAGGCCUUCAUUAAAGAAUCUGCUCUCUAUCUUUUCUCUACUAA